AUGAGCCUUUCUUGCUCUUCGCCACCGCAAUCUGCCGUUCUGGCUUUCCCAGCUUCUCCUACCUUCGAUAACAAACAAUUUCAGCAUCUUGAACAUAGCACCUCAGCCGGUACUACCUGUGACACUGUACCGAACACUCCGAUCUCUUCUCGUCAAGCGCCACCCACACCGCCGGAUUCAGAUUCGUCGCCGCUCAAUAAUACCCUCACUAGCACUACAUCAUUUUCUUCAUCUCAGCCCAACCUUUCUCUCUCUCCGUCUCAAAAAUUUAUCAUUGCCAGUCCCAAGUCCAAUAGUUCUUUGCAUUCUAAUACUAUCUCUAUGUCUACAAACCACGCUGUCACUAGACCAAGUAAUCCGUCUCUCAAGCUACAGGACAAUGGUACGGCACCGUCUUAUAGUCUUCCUACUGCAGUUUCAUCCAAUUCUCCCUCGUAUAGCACCUCCUGUCCUACAGGCUUGCAAUUUCCAUAUGACCACAUGUUUCCUGACUCAAGCGACUCACAGUUGUCGUUGAGUCCCGAGACGCCUUCCCAGCGCCUCCCAAGUGCGUCUCGCGCAUCACACCGUACCCCAAAUGUGUAUAUCAAUGGACUGCCUCCUCAUUUUCCGGAGCAGGAGCUCUUUGCUCUCACUCGCCCAUUUGGCGAGGUGAAGAGUGUGAGGUCAUUUACUAGGCAUGUGAGCGAGAAACCAACAGGGUAUGGUUUCGUCUUGUUCAGCGACGUCGAUUCGGCAGAAAAAUGUAUCGAAGGUCUUCGUAAAUAUCGCAAUCUGCAUCCAUCGUUCUCAAAGCAAGUCCAUCGUAUACCUGGCACGGUGUACGCCCAGCAAAGCCCUUCUCAGAUAGAGCAAGAUGAAGAUUCUUUCAAGGCGCGAAUGGAAAAGCUGAAGGAUGGCUUAUCCACCAACCUAUACAUCGAGGGACUUCCGCUCUCGAUUGACGAAGAGAGCCUUGCUUCUUUGGUGCACCCUUACACCAUCAAGAGCAGCCGCUUCUUUAAAACAAAGCUCAGCGAACCUCCUCGCAUAAUAGCUUUCGUUCGACUCGAGACUCGUGCAGCUGCAGAGGAUACCAUUGAACGCCUGCAUGGUCGAAUGGUCCGUGGAUGGAAUGACCCCGGAUGCAGGAUUUCCGUCCGUUUUGCUGACAGUGCUGAACAACGGGAGCUAAGGCGAUCAGAGAGAAUAUCCAAGAAUGGGGACCAGUCUCCAAGCUUCAGGCCCACGCUCGCAAGAUCCCGCUUAAAUCGUGCCCGUGACAUCCCCAUCAUUGGGCAACCUCGUGACGAGAUUUCCCUAUCGAGUAUUCAUCACUCCUAUCCGAACCUGAAUCUAGCCUCCGUGUCAGCAGGGAACAUUCCCGUAUCUACGUCGUUGCCAGGGCAUCUUGGUUAUCCGUACGACAGUUCUCCGUUGACUAGGCACCAGGACCCUCAACCGAAUCCCUACACCGAUGACCUUCUGCAUUCACUGCAACACAAUCUGAAUCUAACUCACGCUUACUCGGGGUCGACACUUGAUCAAGAGCAUGAUGCUCAGCGCGCCCAUCUUCAAGCCCUCGCAAAUGCAACGCUGUAUACGGCUAGCGUCCAGCCGUCUGCACAGCAGCCUCGCAGCCAGAUACAGGCGAGGAACGGCUUCACUCCCGCCGAGGAGCUCAUCCUUCAGGCUCACGCGAGGAUACGCGAGCAACAGUACCAGCAGCUGCAGACCCAACAGCAAUUUGUGCACUCACAUGAUUCCGCUCUUCCUCGGCGCGCCUCUUCAUCUGGACGAUUAGAAUCCGGAAGUAAACUCAAUGCGAACGCGCAAGUAUUCCACGCCCCGGAACAGGUUGGCGCUUAUCCGCUCACUGGUCGAGCCCUAAGUGGGCCGAACCGGCCGAAGUUCUUGGGCGACGCUCUACCGCCAAUCUCUGAAGACGACUUCCAUGCUCUUGGCCAACAUCAGCUGGAGUCCAGGUCACAUUAUGACCUCCCCACCCAUUAUCAGGACGAGCUGCAUUUCCGGAGUGACGCUGGCAACGUCAGGAUCCCGAAACCGCCUAGUCGUGCUAUCGAAAUUGUUGCACCACCCCAGCAUGAUUCCAAGCAUUCUCCUUUGCAGUCGCACCAUCGCUCUCAGUUCUCUUCGCGCUCGCACCUUUCUCUGCGGCAGCAAGCACAAGUCGCUAAUCUCCCUCGUUCCCCUCUCGCGUCGAAUUCAUCCCAGCACAGUUAUCAACACACGGACAGCCGCUCCAAUAACCUAAACAGCACUAUCGCUACGUCCGGUACCAACGAUCAAUCCGAUAGUAAUCCGCAGAAUUAUCUUCAUUCGCCACAAAUGUCCCUGCCUCGGUCAGAUGAUCAAGAAGAUCAUCGUCGCAGUUCUACUUCCGUGUCCUCAAAAGCAUACGUUCCUAUGCAGAAGUCACCGUCUUUGGUCAAACAACUAUCAUUCGAAAAUGACAUGAGGUCUCCUACUCUCGUAUCUCCGGCGUUAACUUACUCGUCUCGUGCCUCAUCUACUCUCAGUCCAGCUACUCCUUUCUUUGGAUCAUUCAACGGCAGCCCAGAGAAUUUCGAGUACAGGCCAGACGAUGGCGAGAUGGUGGAGAACGUGAAGGUUGGAUCAGGUACGCACUAGCUCGUCGUUCUCAUCCAGUGACAGUUUCCGGUGUGUGUUAUUCUCUCGUGUGACGAUCAUAGUACCCUUUAGCAUGAUGCAACAUACAAGUUUUUUUAUUUCCAUAUUCAUUUGAUGUUCCCGGAUCAGUAUAUUUUGGUAACGCGGCCAUUGCGCGCGAGUACGACUAGUUUUGUACCUACGCACUUCUUAGUAUUUCUUGAGAUACAGCAGAUAUGUCUAUGUUCCUCGAGUCAGCGACCUAAUCACGCGUGUAGUACUUAUAGCUUGUCGUGACGGUAUGCACAUACGCGAUAUAAAACACUUUAUU